UCUACGCCGCACAUUCCAAACAUAAACGCUCCAAGUGUGUACCAACUUGGAGAUACCAGCCCUCGGCCACAAACAAGAAUUUUGUGGAUGUGGAGAUAUCAGCCCCCAAAUUUGUGCCAAGUGUUGGGCGACGCCAAGCCUUUAUUGGGGGCAAUAUCUAGUUUUCUUGACAUGGUUGUAAUGCUAUUUGGAAGUACCUCCAAGUAUCUGCGACCCACUUUGUUAAGAAUAUGAGCUUCAUAUGUUGUGGCUGAUGGGGCCACCUUACCAUAAAUUGGUUCAAAUGAGCAACCCAUGUGAGCCAUUGAUGAAGCCAGCUUUCUUGGUUGCCUAUAUAUAGAUACCAAACAAACAGCUGAUCUCCAACUUAGAUCUCUCACAUUUUCUCAUCCAAGCAUUGAAGUUUACUAGCUAUAGCUACUUCUACAUCCAUAUUCAAUACCCGUUUGAAGUUCUUCGUCGUCGUCGUCGUUGUUGUUGUUGCUGUCGUCUUACUUCAAUCAAAUUUAGCGAUGGGAAUUCGUUUGCUUUCGGUACUUCUUGGCGCUGCCAAGCAAAUUCUCAAGAUGCAGUCUGUUUCUGCAGUAUGUCAGUCUAAUGUUCCGAAAGGUCACAUUCCGGUUUACGUAGGAGAAACCGAGAGAAAGCGGUUUUUCGUUCCGAUAUCGUACUUGAGUCAUCCUUUGUUCGUAGACUUGCUCGAUAGGGCUGAAGAAGAGUUUGGAUUCAGCCAACCAAUUGGGGGUUUGACGAUUCCCUGCAAAGAAGAAGCAUUCAUUUAUGUCACUUCUAGACUGCACACUUCAUGAAUGAUUUAUGAACAAGGAGCAAUUCUCCUCACAGUUUUGACAAUUUUUUCCUCUUCAUCUUAGUGUAUAAGGAAAAUUUUGUAUGUAAAUGGUUAGAUUAGAAAAAGUGGAGAGUUACAAAGCCACUUGAACAGCCUGACAAAUAUCAGU